GCUUGCGUAGUCGUAUGAGCGCACCGGUGCACCCGUCGAUCGAGGACGGCGACGACGGUCUAUCUGCAGCAACCCAUGUGCUCGAACACCCAGAGCUGUGGACCCCGUCGACCUUUCACUCGACACCGGGCCUCCACGCCUUGUCGCGCAUGCUGCACACGCAGCGUUUGCACCGGCCGAUCCACUUUGGCCAUCUAGCCCUUCUUCUCUAUGCGCCGCUCGGGCUCCUGUUGCUCUGCCUGCGGCUCGUGCUGCUCGCUAUUUUUUUCGCGUGUCUUCUCUACCUCAAGGACGCCGCGGUCAUAAGCCGUGCGUUCGCGCGGCUCUCGGUCCCGAUGGGUCUCUUUGUGACGCUGCUCGAUCCGGACCGCCAUUGGCAGCCGCCGUCGCCGCCCAUCCUUGUGUGCAACCACGUGAGUGAGCUCGACGCGAUCGCGCUCCAAGUGCUCGGACCGUUCGAGACGCUCGGGUACGAUUUCUUCAAGUCGUCGCGGGUGUUUCGUCGGCUAGCGGCUGCGUACGGCUACAUUUACGUGCCACAUGCGUCGCGCACCCAAGGCAAUACGUCUGGCCGAGACGCACUGCGCACGCUGCUCACCGAGAAAGUCCGUGCAAAUCGUUGUCCGAUUCUGUGUUUUCCCGAGGGUGGGAUGACGAAUGGCGUCACCGGACUACUCCAGUACCACACGUUCCUCUUUGGCCUUGGCGUGCGCAUCCAACCCAUUGCACUCUCGGCGACCGACGGGCCUUUUCCCGUGCACAUGAACGACGAGUCGAGCUCGACGAUCGCGAAUGUGCUGUGGUUUCUCUUUGUACCGUGGCACCGCUUUACACUGCGCGUCUUACCGCCCACCAGCAUCGACGCGACCGAGACGCCGCUCGAUUUCUCGCAGCGCGUCAUGGCGAUGACCGCGGCAGCCCUCAGCGUCACGAGCAGCCCGUUCUUGUACCGCCACAAGACGGCGUUCCUCCAACUGCGCGUCGCCAGCGUCUAAGUCGUCAAUACCAUUCGACUCCGUUAUUGGCUCGCCUGUCGCGUCUGUCAUGACGGCCAACGCACUACGAUGGCGACGCUGCAUGUUCCAGCCCAUAAAGGCGAG